AUGAAAUCGCCCCCUAUGGGAGUGCGAUUAGUCAUGGAGGCUGUAUGUGUGUUGAAAGGCAUCAAACCAGACAAAAUAAAUGAUCCCUCUGGUUCUGGAAAGAAAUUGGAUGAUUAUUGGGGUCCAUCGAAGCGUCUUCUCGGUGAUAUGAAAUUUCUUGACAACUUGAUUUCAUACGAUAAAGACAACAUUCCCGAUCACAUUAUCAAGACAAUUAGAGAGAAGUAUAUUCCAAAUCCAGAUUUUAAGCCGGAAAGAAUUGCCGUCGCCUCGACAGCUUGUGAAGGUCUUUGCAAAUGGGUUAUAGCCAUAGAUGCCUAUGACAAAGUGGCUAAGAUUGUGGCUCCCAAGAAAGCUGCCCUCGCAAAGGCAAUGGAAGAGUAUAGUAUAGCUAUGGAGGCGUUAAAUAAGAAAAGAGAAGCCCUCAGGUAUGUACAAGAUAAACUGGCAACCCUAACCAACGAACUGAAUAUCAACAAGCAGAGGAAAGUUGAAUUGGAGAACAAAGUUGACCUCUGCACGAAGAAGUUAGAGCGCGCGGAACAGCUUAUUGGGGGUUUGGGUGGUGAGAAACAACGUUGGACGGAUAAUGCGAAGGUUCUCGGUGGGCAAUACGUCAAUCUUACAGGCGAUAUUCUUGUUUCAAGCGGAGUGGUCGCCUAUCUCGGUGCUUUUACACCAGGCUUUAGAACUGAGCAAGCUGCCGACUGGCUCAUGAAGGUUAAAAACUCUGUUAUCCCCUGCUCAGAUGUAUUUAGCCUUGUUGGUACUCUUGGUAGUCCCGUGACUAUUCGAGCCUGGAAUAUCGCCGGUCUCCCGACAGAUGAUUUUUCCAUUGAAAAUGGCAUUAUCACGGCAACUGCACGACGUUGGCCCCUUAUGAUAGACCCGCAACUACAAGCCAAUAAAUGGAUCAAAAAUAUGGAAAAGAAAAAUAAUCUGGUUGUAUUGAAGCUAUCCGAUAGUGACUUUGUGCGGCAUAUGGAGAAUAGUAUCCAAUUUGGUGUGCCAGUUUUGUUAGAAAAUGUUGGAGAAGAAUUGGAUCCAGUGCUUGAGUCGCUGCUUUUGAAACAGACUUUCAAACAAGGUGGAGCUUUGUGCAUCAAGCUAGGCGAUUCAGUCAUUGAAUACUCCACGGAUUUCAGAUUUUACAUUACCACAAAGCUUCGAAAUCCCCACUACAUGCCUGAAAUCGCAGUAAAGGUCACAUUAGUCAAUUUCAUGAUCACCAGUGAGGGCCUGAAUGAUCAACUUCUAGGAAUUGUGGUCGCACGAGAACGACCUGAACUCGAAGAUGAGAAGAAUAAACUCAUUCUUCAAGGAGCAGCAAAUAAGAAGAAGUUGAAGGAACUGGAGGACCAAAUUCUCACCGUGCUUUCAACAUCAGAAGGUAAUAUCCUGGAAGAUGAGAGCGCUAUUCAAGUGUUGAAUUCCUCCAAGGAGCUAUCCAAUGAAAUAGCCGAGAAACAGGCAUUCUUUGAAGAGACAGAGAAAAAGAUCGAUCAAGCUCGAAUGGGCUAUCUUCCGAUCGCUAUCUACACCUCCGUGCUAUUUUUCUCCAUUGCUGAUAUGGCCAAUAUUGAUCCAAUGUAUCAGUACUCGCUCACGUGGUUUAUCAAUCUCUUCAAUCUUGCUAUCGAGAACUCGGACAAGUCGGAAGACUUGCAACAACGUCUAGAUAUUCUACGGGAAUAUAUCACAUACUCUCUUUAUUGUAAUGUCUGUCGAUCUCUUUUCGAAAAAGACAAGCUUCUUUUCUCUUUCCUACUGGCUAUCAACUUGGGAAAACACAGAAAGGAAAUAGAUCAAAUAGAAUGGAGAUUCCUUCUUACUGGAGGUGUUGGCUUAGACAACCCUUAUCCCAACCCGACCUCAUGGCUGCCGUCAAAACAAUGGGAUGAAUUAUGCCGAUUGGCAGCACUGCCUAGGUUCAUUAAACUGAGAGAAAAUUUUACAAGUCGAUUGAAUCAGUAUCAAGCGAUUUAUGAUAACCCUAACCCACAUCAGGCUAAACUUCCUGAACCUUAUGAUGAUGAGAUUUCAGAUUUUCUGGGUCGAAUGCUUUUUAUCCGUAUUCUGCGUCCGGAUAAAAUGACCUCAUUGAUUCAAGACUAUGUCACAGAGUAUCUAGGAAAGAAAUUCGUCGAACCACCACCUUUUGAUCUACCUGGAUCCUUUGCAGAUUCCAAUUCCACAACUCCGCUUCUAUUUGUUCUUUCCCCUGGUUCAGAUCCUAUGGCCACUCUAUUGAAAUUUGCAGAUGAUAUCGGCUUCGGUGGAGCCAAAUUCGAAUCGCUUUCUCUAGGUCAAGGACAGGGUCCAAUCGCUCAAAAUAUGAUGGAAAGAGCUGUCAAAGAAGGUACAUGGGUACUUUUGCAAAAUUGUCAUCUUGCACCAUCAUGGAUGCCAUCGUUGGAAAAACUUGUGGACGAAAUCGAACCAAACACUACGCAUCCAGACUUCCGACUCUGGUUGACUAGUUACCCAAGUAAAGAUUUCCCGGUGACAAUCUUGCAGAAUGGUGUUAAAAUGACAAAUGAACCACCCAAGGGUCUGAGAUUUAAUCUCUGGAGAUCGUACCUUUGUGACCCAAUUGCUGAUCCAGAGUUUUUCUCCACUUGUACCAAGCAGGUUACCUGGAAAAAGAUGCUCUAUGGUCUGGUAUUCUUCCACGCAAUUGUUCAAGAGAGAAGAAAAUUCGGUCCACUUGGAUGGAAUAAUAAAUAUGAGUUCAAUGAAACUGACUUGCGAAUAUCUGCUAGGCAACUACAUAUGUUCCUUAAUCAAUAUGAUUCUGUUCACUAUACAGCUCUGCGAUACUUAACGGGAGAGUGCAAUUACGGAGGUCGUGUUACAGAUAGCUGGGAUCGACGAACUUUGAUGACCAUUCUUGAAAAUUUCUACUGUCCUGAAUUAGUAGAAGAUCCUAACUACAAAUUCGAUGAAAGUGGACUCUACUAUGUUCCAACCGAUAGAUCAUAUGAGGAGUACAUCGAAUUCGUUAAAACAAUCCCACUUAAUCCCUCGCCCGAAAUCUUUGGAAUGCAUCAAAAUGCUGAUAUAACCAAAGACAACCAGGAGACCAGUCUACUAUUUAAUAGUGCCCUUCUUACACAGUCUAGAGGCGGCUCAUCAUCAGGAGCCUCAAAAGAGGAGGUCUUAGAAGAGGUUGCUAAGGGUAUUCUCGAUCGUCUUCCUGAAGACUUCAAUCAUGAACUAACCCUGAGAAAGUAUCCAACUCUAUAUGAGCAGAGUAUGAACACUGUACUAGUUCAGGAAGUUGCACGUUUCAAUCGACUUCUUGAUACUAUUCGCACCAGUUUGACAGACCUCCGGAAAGCCAUCAAAGGUCUUAUUGUUAUGUCUUCUGACCUCGAAAACAUGGUUGUAUCAAUCCUUGAAUCCAAGAUUCCAGCUGUUUGGAUGGGAAGAUCGUAUCCUUCGUUGAAACCUCUGGGCUCCUAUGUCAACGACUUUUUGCUUAGAAUUCAGUUCUUCCAGAACUGGUAUGAAAAUGGUGCGCCACCAGUAUUUUGGAUAUCUGGCUUCUUUUUCACUCAAGCUUUCCUUACUGGAGUCCAACAGAACUACGCGCGAAAAUACGCUAUUCCUAUCGAUUUAUUGGCUUUCGAUUUCGAUGUGCUGGAAGAUAAGACCUAUGAGCAAUCACCAGAUGAUGGCGCCUAUGUUAGCGGAUUGUUCUUGGAUGGUGCGCGAUGGAAUAGGGAGAGAAAAACAUUAGAUGAAUCUCUUCCGAAGAUCCUGUAUGACCAGGUUCCAGUGAUUCAGUUAAUCCCAAUAAAGAAAGUGGAUCUGAUUCCCAGACGAACUUAUCAGACACCGGUCUAUAAGACAAGCGAACGUCGUGGUGUUUUGUCUACAACUGGUCAUUCAACUAACUUUGUACUUGCAAUGGACUUGCCAACUGAAAAAGAUCCUAAACAUUGGAUUUUACGUGGAGUUGCUCUACUUUGCCAAUUAGAUGACUAA